AAUGACGUAUUCUGCAAUCGCGAACUCAAAAUGGAUGGCGUUAAGGCUGUUGGCUUCGACAUGGACUAUACUCUCGCCCAAUACAAAGAACCAGCUUUUGAUCAACUUGCCUUUGAUGGGGCCAAAGCUAAACUUGUAUACAAUAUGGGCUACCCUAAGGAAGUGUUGGAAUUUGAGUAUGACCACAGGUAUUGGGCUCGUGGUCUCAUAAUAGAUACUCAGCGGGGAAACUUCCUCAAGAUUGAUCGCCACAAGUAUGUCCGGGUGGCGCACCACGGCUUUGAUCGCAUGUCGUCGACAACCCGCAAAUUACUGUACUCACGUACUUUUAACAAAGUUAUGAGUUUUUCGGAAAAGAGCUUUGUCAAUAUGGAUACUUUAUUUCAGUUCGUGGAUGCCCACUUGUUUGCUUCUUUGAUCAAUCUAAAAGAUAAAGGGGAGUACGAGUUUCUUGAUUUCAAGACAUACGAAGAAAUCUACAAGCAAAUAAGAGAAUGUGUGGAUCUUUGCCACCGAGAUGGUGUAAUCAAGGACGUCGUACACAGCGAUCCCGAAAAGUACAUUGUACAAGACAAAGGACUUAUACCCAUGCUUCGACGGUACAAGGAAGCAGGUGUCAAGGUUUUUUUGCUCACUAAUUCGUACUGGGAAUACACGUCGACUGCAAUGAACUAUCUUUACCAUGGCAAGUGUUUAAGUGACGAAGACCAGAAGAAAAACGAGUGGUUGGAACUUUUCGACUUGGUCAUUGUGGGAUCGUGCAAGCCAGCAUACAUGCUAGAUCCAUAUCUCAACCUCUUCCGUGUUAAUCCACAAAACGGCUCUUUGCGCAAUACGGACGGUGUAUACGAAAUUGACGCGUUGGGACCAAACGGCGCGGCCAAAUUUUUGGACAAAGGCAAAACGUUCCAAGGUGGAAAUUGGUUGCACUUGCAGGCUAUGUUAGAAAUCGAAGCUGGCGAAGAAAUUCUGUAUGUCGGUGAUCAUUUGUAUUCCGAUGUCUUGCGUUCAAAACGUACGCUUGGAUGGAGAUCGGCUUUCAUUAUGCCUGAACUUGAGGAAGAAAUGAGGACCUUUGCGGAAAAGCUACCAAUUUUGCGAAAAAUAACGGGCUUGCGAAAACUUCGUGAGGAAAUAGAUAAUUUUGGAGAGGACGUUCGCCGGGCGAACGACUUCAGCGACGCCGAUUCCCUCACGACCUUGCAAAAGCUUACGACAGAAGACGCAAUGAUUAAAGCGAAGUUGUCGGAUCUUGCAGAUCAGUGGCACUCUUCUUUCCAUCCUGUAUGGGGGGCAAUGUUUAAUGCUGGAUACCAGGAUUCUCGAUUCGCGUUCUACGUGCAGAACUAUGCAUGUGUGUAUACGAGCAAAGCUACGAAUUUGGGGCUGGCAUCAAACGCAAAAUCAUUUCGAACGUCUUUGGAAAUGCUGCCGCAUGAC